UCUUCCACAGUUAUCUCCUUCUCUCUCCCUCUUUCUGCUUUCAUGCAGAUCUUGAGCUGAACCAGAGGCAUAAGCAUCCCAUUUUCAACACAUCAAGAAAUGGAGCCUUCUUCCUCAUUAGUCACUGUAUCCGUUCCCAAGAUUUCCGCUUUUACCAUUUUGCUUCUUUUCUUGAUUUCGUGCUCCACUCUCACUUCUACAGAAGCUUAUGACGCUCUUGAUCCAAAUGGGAAUAUCACUAUCAAAUGGGACGUAAUACAGUGGACUCCAGAUGGCUAUGUUGCAGUUGUUACAAUGUAUAACUUCCAGCAAUAUCGCCACAUUCAGGCGCCGGGUUGGACUUUGGGGUGGACAUGGGCAAAAAAGGAAGUGAUCUGGAACAUGAUGGGAGCCCAAACCACCGAACAAGGCGAUUGUUCAAAAUUCAAGGGAAACAUACCGCAUUGCUGUAAGAAGGAUCCAACUGUUGUGGAUUUGUUGCCAGGAACCCCUUACAACCAGCAGAUUGCCAAUUGCUGUAAAGGGGGAGUGAUAAAUUCGUGGGCACAGGACCCAGCCAAUGCGGUGAGUUCCUUUCAAAUUAGUGUUGGUGCAGCUGGAACCACUAACAAAACUGUUAGGGUGCCAAAGAACAUCACCUUGAGAGCACCAGGGCCUGGAUAUACUUGUGGGCCGGCAAAGAUUGUGAGACCAACUAAAUUUAUAUCGGCUGACAAAAGGCGAAUCACUCAAGCUUUAAUGACCUGGAACAUUACUUGCACUUAUUCACAAUUCCUUGCUCAAAAGACACCUACCUGUUGUGUUUCUCUCUCCUCCUUUUAUAAUGACACAAUAGUAAGCUGCCCAACUUGUGCUUGUGGCUGUCAAAAUAGUACGACUGGAGCUGGGAGUGGAACCUGUGUGCACCCGGACACUCCACACUUAGCCUCAGUUAUUUCACCUCCUGGAAAAUCUGACAAUACACCGUUGGUCCAGUGUACCAGCCAUAUGUGUCCAAUCCGAGUCCACUGGCAUGUUAAGCUCAAUUACAAGGAAUAUUGGCGGGUGAAGGUUACAAUCACCAAUUUCAAUUACCGAAUGAACUAUUCACUGUGGAAUAUGGUUGUGCAGCACCCGAACUUUGAUAACCUAACCAAGAUUUUUAGCUUUCAGUACAAGUCACUUACUCCUUACGAAGGGCUAAAUGAUACAGCCAUGUUAUGGGGUGUCAAGUUCUACAAUGAUUUUCUCUCACAAGCUGGUCCUCUCGGGAAUGUUCAGUCAGAGUUACUGUUCCGGAAGGACAAAUCUACUUUCACUUUUGAAAAGGGAUGGGCUUUCCCUAGGAGGAUUUACUUCAAUGGUGAUAAUUGUGUCAUGCCACCCCCGGAUGCCUACCCAUGGUUACCAAAUGAUAGUUCUCGCCCAGUUAUCUCUCUACCUCUUCCAGUCAUGACAUUGUUUUUGUCUAUGGCAUUCCUAUUUGCUCAUGUGUGAUGAAUCAUGUCUGUGCCAGUCUUUAAACUAUCUGUUGUUCUAGCAAUCAAGAAAUCCCAUCUUGUUUGAGUUACAGUGCUGGGAUUUAAGGGAAUCCAGUCAAAGGCUUGAAUGUGUAAGAUCAGCAAGUUAUGGCAAUGCAAGUGGAUUUGGAGCACCAUAACCAUGUUACCACCAAUAUGCUAGUUGGCAAUCAGAAAUCUUUGGUCCCGUUCUCUUUUUUAUAUUGGGAAUUAGUGGUUCUUCUACAUGUUUAUUUAUGUUGUACACUCGAUCAUUUUGUUUGUGGAAUAUCAACAUAUUAUUUGUUCGUAUCCUUGUAACAAGGAACUCCAGGAAGAAUUUACAGCUGAUAAAUGGAUUUUUAUUCGUAGAUUUUUUUGAA